UGAGUGUGGUUCCACUAUUAGUUGUUCAAAUUUCAGUAACGGGUCCCAGCCUGUCCCGCGCGUCGCUGCGCGCAGUUCCAUGGAGGCGCAGCUCUCCGACCCAACACGCUGAGUCAACGUCAAGAAUAAGGAAAAGAGUUCAAGGGGCGAAGUGAUCGAGUCCACACCCGCCAGGCAGCCACACGGUCUGCCGCUCCGUCGCCCCUCGGCCAUGGACACGUCUCUGAUCCGUCCAGCGAUGCUCGUUCUCCUUUUGUCAUCGGCAACGAAAGUUUUCGGCUCCAACAUCUGCACGUCCCGAGGAGUCAGCACAUGUCGACAGUGCCUGGCGGUUCACCCCAGCUGUGCGUGGUGCUCUCAGGAGGAGUUUGGGAAGGGAAGAUCCAGUGUGUCCCGCUGCGACCUGCCGGAGAAUCUGCUGGAAGGAGGGUGCGGUGAAACAUCUGUGGAGUUUCCCACCAGCAGGCUGAAAAUUGAGGAGGAUGCGGCGCUCAGCGACAAGGCCUCGGGGACGGCCGACGAUGUCACUCAGAUAAGGCCUCAGAAACUUCACAUGCUACUAAGACCAGGCGACUCCAAGCGUUUCACCGUGUCCGUGAAGCAGGUGGAGGAUUACCCGGUGGACCUCUACUAUCUCAUGGAUCUCUCAUUUUCGAUGAAGGACGACUUGGCUCGUCUGCGGACGUUGGGCAGCGAGCUCGCUGUGACCAUGGGCCGCGCCACCAGCAAACUACGCAUGGGGUUUGGAGCCUUUGUGGACAAGACCAUAUCCCCGUACAUGUACACCUAUCCUCCAGAGGCAGUCAAAAACCCUUGCUAUGGAAUCAGUGAACAAUGCCAAGCUCAGUUUGGGUUCAAGCACGUCCUGCCACUGACGGAGAAGGUAGCGCGCUUCACAGAGGAAGUGGAGAAACAGCAGGUGUCCAGAAAUAGAGACGCUCCAGAGGGCGGAUUCGAUGCCGUCAUGCAGGCGGUGGUGUGCAAGGAGAAAAUAGGCUGGCGUCCUGACGCCUCACAUCUCCUGGUGUUCACCACUGAUGCCAAAACCCACAUUGCACUGGACGGUCGUAUCGCCGGCAUCGUCCAACCCAACGACGGACAGUGUCACCUCGAUGUUGACAAUAUCUACAACAAGACGACUGUGCUGGACUAUCCCUCCUUGGCACUCAUGAACGAGAAAAUGUCUGAAAACAACAUCAAUUUGGUAUUUGCCGUGACGAGUUAUGUGGAGCCACUCUACAAGGAGUACAGCAAGCUCAUCCCAGGCACAACGGUGGGAACGCUGUCCGAUGACUCCGGGAAUGUCAUUCAGCUCAUUGAGGAGGCGUAUGCGAAAAUUCGCUCGACGGUGCAGCUGGAGCUGCUGGACGUCCCGAAGGAGUUGACGCUCUCCUUCAAUGCCACUUGCCUCAACGGAGAGGUCAUCCAGGGACUCAAGUCCUGCACGGGCCUCAAGAUUGGAGACACGGUGUCAUUCAGCGUGGACGCUCAGUUGCACGGCUGCCCCAAGGAGAAGAGCCGCACGUUCACAAUCAAACCCCUCGGCUUCCAAGACGCCCUGGAGGUCACGGUGGACUUCGCCUGCGGUUGCGACUGCGAGGCGGAGGCCGAAGCCCAAAGCCCCCUCUGUAGCAACGGCAACGGGACCUACGAGUGCGGCAUGUGCCAGUGUCACCCGGGUCGCCUGGGCCCCCGGUGCGAGUGCUCGGUGGAGGACUACAGUCCGUCCGAUGACGCCAACUGCGUCCCGAAGCCGGGCAGCCGGAUGUGCGGCGGGAGAGGCGACUGUCUGUGCGGACAGUGCUCCUGCCACGCGAAUGAGUUUGGCCAAGUGUGGGGAAAGUACUGCGAGUGUGACGACUUCAACUGCCAGCGCUUCAAAGGGGCGCUCUGCUCCGAUCACGGGAAGUGUAGCUGCGGCUUCUGCCAGUGCGACGCCGGCUGGAAGGGGGAGAACUGCAACUGCAGCACGCGCAUAGACACGUGCAUGUCCAGAAUCGGCCUGCUGUGCACCGGCCGCGGGAACUGCGAGUGCGGGGCGUGUCAGUGCACUCAGCCCGGCGCCUACGGCGCCACCUGUGAAAAAUGCCACACCUGUCCGGAUUCCUGCACUAUCAAGAAGGAGUGUGUCGAGUGUCAGCACUUCAAGCGGGGACAGUACACGGAAGACAACAGCUGCAGUAGAAUCUGCAAAGAUGAAAUCAAUGUAGUGGAGGAACUGGUUUUGCACGACAGCAACGCGGUGAAUUGCUCGUACAAAGAUGAGAACGACUGCGUGGAGCACUUCCAGUAUUACGAGGACGAAAGCGGCAAAUCCAUCCUGUACGUGGUAAAGGAGCCAGAGUGCCCGCAGGGUCCCGACACCUUGGUCGUGCUGAUGGCGGUGGCCGGGGCCAUCCUGCUGCUGGGCCUCGUCGGCCUCCUCAUCUGGAAGCUGCUGGUCACCAUCCACGAUCGCAAAGAGUUCGCCAAGUUCGAGGAGGAGCGAGCCAAUGCCAAAUGGGACACGGGUAACAACCCUCUGUAUAAGGAAGCCACUUCCACCUUCAAAAACGUAGCAUACCGAGGCAACUGAGGAGCGAAUGGGGAGGAGGAAAACAAACUCAGGGGUCAGUGACAACGAUGGAAUCUAGUAGCACACAAACGGACGGGGAGAAGCUCACACUGUCAUGUGACUAGCUACUGUAGCUGAAAGGCGGUUACUGCUGUCAACAACAUGAUGUAAUAAUUGUACAUAUUGUAAAAAGAAGGAAAAAAAGAGGAAAAAAAAGAACCGCUAAUAUAAGUCACAUAAAAUGGCCGCGUGCUCUUCGGGGUUUUUCCAGUUUUACACUGUCGCGUCUGCGGCGUUCUCUCAGGACUGCACGCGCGAUCAGACUGAUGUCGAAACAAGGGCGCUGUCGGGUCUCAGUCGGGACAGCUGCCGCCACUGCCGAGGGCUUCUUGGGAAACUCUUCUACCACUGCAUUAUUUGUUAUUUGAGAUUUUUUUGUUUGUUUUGUUUUUAAGUCAAACUUUUUACUUUCACUCAAAUGCUCCGACACAAAUGGGAAUAGUAAUACGUUGUCAUUGAAAAUACAUGAACGAAUGGACAUAUUAAGUUGUUUGCUUAAGUGCCUCAGACCAGGCUUGAUGUAUUAUUUAACAUUUAAGACUUGUUUUUCUGUCUUUUUUAGAAAAUGUUAAUAAUAAUGAUUAGUUUCUCUUUGGGAGUGCAGCUGCUCUUUCAAAACGAGCCGUAUCAGAUGAAAUCAAUGAAAGUUUAUUGGGAUACCCUUAAAUGUGCACUAAAGAAUUUGAAUACAUUAUCAAAAACACGCUUCAAGGGCUUUUUCGUACACAUUAAAAUCAAAUUUUUUCUCAUAUAAAACUUAAUAGUAAUGAUUUUUGCUCUGCUCUGCGGUGCCGUUGACUGCAGCCUUUAGGCUGACUUGGUUUACAGUGAUGACUGUGGUCUUUAUUGUUGUUUUUUUUAAAUGCUCACCAGCGACUGUAUCGAUGUCACGACAUGUUUCCUUAUCGCUGCGUCACCGCCUGUUUUCGUGCUUGUUUUACUGUUCAUUAUAUUUGUAAAAAGAAAAUAGUGAAUUGUGUCCCACUGAAAUUUUGAUACACAUCAAACAAUAUCAGCCAUAAUGCCAUGUGACUGUUGAUGAUGAACUUGCUCCUGCUCUUCUUUCUUUUUUUACCUCUGUAUGUAUGCGGGAGAUAAUAGUACAUGGUGAUGUGUAUUUUUCUGUUGCACCGCUCUGAUCCUCUCAGGACUUGGCAGGAAAAGUUCACUGUCUGUUUUGAUCGUUUGUUUUUGCACACUUUCAAAAAAAAAAAAAAAAAAAAGAAGCCUGUGGUUUAGGGAAUAUGCAUAACGAUCCAUAACACCUGACUUCCCACACUGUUGUGUGAUUCUUGAUAUUUGGAUUAAGAUCAGAUUCACAAGACGAAUUCAUAGAGAUUCAAAUUUCGGAUUCCAAAGCGUUUGAACAUCUUAAUAGCGAGUGCAACUCCCGUGUUUGCUCUUCACGGUUUCAAAAUGUUAUGUCUCCAUGAGGUUUGUGUAUCCUCAGACAAGGUUUGAAUCGAUGUGCCUUCUAUUCUGAAAUGUCACAGAAGCAUCAUAUUAAAGAAAACAAAAAAGGGA